CCUGCAGCUGUCGUCGCUCUCUGGUCGAAGAUAGGCACGACGUAGGAGACGGUAUGAAUCCAUCACAUGAGGCGAUUCCUGGGUGCCCGGCUACGCCACAUAGCAUCCCCAAUCUGGCACCCGAUGAGCGAUGCUCACGCUCACUACCACGGAACAAUGCCGCCCAGUUGACUGGCGCAGACGCGUCUUGCGGGCAUGCGGGCCAAGCUUUGCACCCGCUCACCUUGAAGCCCAGGCCGAGGAAAGUUGCUGCUGAAGCUGAGCAGGGGGGCGUGGCUGCCAAAGCCUCUGAAGGUCGCACAAGUGCGGAAGCAACAGAACAUCCACAGGUAGUGGCGUUGACGACGUCCAAGGCUCCUUCGGGACCUAGUAGCAGGCCGUCCUCCUUCCGACGUCAGCACUCUUUCAUGGCCGACGACGAGCUCAGCUGGGCGGACUCGGCGAAUAGCUCUUCGACGACCACGAGCAGCGCUCACUGUUGCGUAUGCAACGAGAGCUAUGGCUCAGAUGAAAUAGCUCCCGGUAACCGACGUCGGCGUUCUAGAUUGUUCGACAAAUAUUCCGGUGCUCCAUUUCCCAGGGCUACCUACGUGCCCAUGGUCGGACUGACGACGCUUGCCGCACUGCUGUUUGCUGUGUCCGUUGUGGUGAGAACAAAAGGCCGCUCACUACAGCUUCCCACCAUGCAAUAUACCGACGAAGGCAUUCAGGAGAGGGCGUUGCGCUGGGCGGCCGCCACAAACACAGGUGACGUGCUAAUCCAGCAAGAGACAUUGGCCGAGCCGCCGACUACUCGAGUAUCUCGGGGCCGCCUUCAAGUUAAGUUCUUCAAAGGGAGAGUCGAGGGGGAAGUCACCGUUUCAUCUUCGACGGCCGGAGUUCAGAUUUCCAGGCACCACGUGAGCAAGAUGGCCAGCAGAAAGCGGAAAAGCCAGAAGGUGCUGUCGGGGACGCUACAUGCGAAAGACGACGAUGAGAAAGCUCGAGAAGCUAACUUGGUUACGCUCUUCCCUUUUGGGCGACCCCCACCGUGUGGUGCCGCGUACUACACUUUCUGCGAGCGUCCUCCACGCGAGUACCAUUACCGGCGGGCGGUAAACGCAUGCGUGGAGACGGACGCAGUCGACGCUGCUGACGUCUGCAAUCGGGGUACCAACCGGUUCUCAUCCCUGGAUCACUGCCUCAAGAGCUGCGUAUCCGCCGAGUACCCGGCCGAGGAGUGCUUCAAAAGGCCGCUUUUCACGCGCUGCACCAGGCAGGACGCACUUUCGAGAUGGUGGCACUUCGAGGGCAAGAAGUGCGUGGCCUGGACAUUUCCUUCGGGUGGCUGCCCAGCCAACGGUAGUAAGGUCUUCACAACGGCCCAUGAAUGCGAAAAACACUGCCGCCAUCACGGAGCACGGUGUCGGCGUCCCGAGGUGGUGGCAUGUGGACGUCGCCACCUCAAGUACCCGUACUUCGCUCACGUUUACGCGCAAGAAGGUCGUGGUGAGCAGUACUUCUUUGACAAGAUACUGAAAGCCGUAGGAGAACUUGCCAAGGGCGUUGGAAACGUGGUACAGGGAGCCGCUGAAGGUAUUGGCAACGCAGUCAACGCGCUCACCUUCAGCGACACCAAGGGAGUGGUCACCACUAAGGCUGCUGACAUACUUCACAAGCUCGUUAUAGGACCUCACCUUGUACCGGAGAAGUACGAAACAUUGGAUGUCCUCGUCAACAAAGAAGCGCAGCGCGUCGGUGUUGAAGCUAUUCAACUGGGUGGAGUGCUGCGUGCCAUAGAGCAUGGGCUUCGCGCAACCGCGCAGUACCAGCAAGGAGCAGAGAGCCAGGGUCAACAGUACUUCUUUGACAAGAUAUUCAAAGCCAAAGGAGAACUUGUCAAGGGCAUCGGAAAGGUGGUAGAGGGAGCGGCUAAAGGUGUUAGCAACGCAGUCAACGCGCUCACCUUCAGCGACACCAAGGGAGUGGUCACCACUAAGGCUGCCGACAUACUUCGCAAGCUCGUUAUUAAGGACCUCAGCUUGUUGCUAGCGAAGACGGCAAGGUACGAUGAAGCAAAAAUAUUCACAUUCUUCCUCAUCGGAUGCGUCGCUUUCUGUGAUCCGUCGUUUAGCCCCAAUGAUCCAGAAGCCGGCUGCUCGUAUAGCUCCCUCGUUGAGGUGUCCACCUUGGUGCUUCACUUCCUCGUGGUAGUGCCUUACAAGGAGCAUGGCCACAUGAUGGUUUCCGGGGAUAAUGGGCUUAGACCCGUCUUGGCUCCACUGGGAUCUCUUCCUCUUCCGAGCCUGAAGAGGCCAGCAGAUAUUAGACCUCGCAAUGACCAGUCGCGGAGCCUAGGCGUGGAAGCUAUCCAAGUGGGCGAGGUGCUCCGUGCCAUUUCCCAAAAGAUCCGGAUGAUCUGCAACAACCAGAGCAAGCAGAGCACGAG